AUGGACACGGAGAGGGGAUCCCUCGUCCCCCGGGACAUAGAGAGCCCAAAGAAUGAGAUACAGCUGCGAGUGACCCCGUCGGAGGUGAAGUUCCUGAACACGCGGGCCGGGAGGGUGUACCGCCUCCCGAUUACUGUACACAAUCUUGGCCAUUGCAAUCAGAAGAUCCGGUUUCGGGAGCCCAUCAAGCCGCAGUUCAAACUGAUUUUGACCAAUUUGGAUAAAGCACUUGCUUCUGGCCUUCAGAUGACAGCUACUGUGGAAUAUCAUCCUGAUAAAGAUGAGGACACUUUUGACCAACUACUUAUUUCAGUAGGAAAUAAAACAAUAGAAAUCCCUCUAAUUGGGUUGAUUCCAUCCUGUCAACUGGAAAUUGCGUCAGUCGUUAAUUUUGGCAAAUUGGUUGCCAAUAGCAAAGUGUAUUGUAAAGAGAUUCAUAUCAUUAACCAUGGCAAAGCUCCAGGCACGUUUAACACAGAAUACCAGGGCCUAUUACCCAUCCUCAUUUUUCCAACUAGUGGUAUUGUGGAGCCUGAGUCAUCAGUGGUUAUCAAAGUGGAUUUCUGUGCAGACCAGCCAAGAAUUGUAAAAGAAGUGGCAAAAGUGACUUUGCAAGGUCGUCCUGAUAUACUCUUGAGUAUCAAAGCUCAUGUGGUUGAACAAAUUAUUGAAUUGUUAAACAUGAGUAGUGCCAAAAAGUUGGAAUGCAUACACUUUGGUACUGUUUUCUUUGGAGCAUCUAAAAUCGAACGUGCACUUCUAUACAAUAAUAGCCCACAACCCAUAAACUGGGUAGCUAUAGUGCAAGAUGAUUCCGUUGGAGAAGAAUUGGGUACAAAUAUUCGACUAAGAACUGAUAUUGCUUUAAAUAAUCUCACCUACAUAAGUAAAAUAAAGAACAUAGAUAUUACCGCUUUUAUCUCCUGUCUUCCUAAUGAAGGGACUUUACUGCCUUAUCAAAAGAUUGUAAUUACGUUUUGUUUCAGCCCAAAGCUGAUGGUUGAUGGUGAAGAUGAUAUUGAACCUUCACACAGGCAGGAUUAUGCUGUCUUUUUGAGAUUUGAGUCUGUAGGAAGUAAAGAUGGAUUUUUGAGAGAUGAUAAUUACAAAACCAUCAAAAGUGAUCGAUUUCAGAAAGUGGAAUUAGCAUUGACUGGCUCAGGACUUCCUGUUGUAUUAAAGUUUGAUCCAGGAAAAGUCCUUAAUUUUAAACCUUGUUUUAUGGGUGAACAUUCAGACAUUUCGUGUAUUAUACAAAAUCGAUCCAAAUCACUUCCUGUGAGAUACCGUUUUCAAAAUAAUGCACAUUUUAAAAUUUAUCCUGAAAAGGGCCAAAUUGAUAAAGGAGAUAGCCAGAAUGUGUUGUGUUCAUUUAUUCCACAAAAAGUUGGAGCCUUUAAAGUGAAGCAAUUGUUAGAGAUUAUUGGCUCAGUGGCAGAUGAAAAUUUGCAGUCUUCGAUGAAACCUUUCCAUCACAUAUAUUUAGAUUUCAACAGCAUCUGCAAGCCUUUCACCAAGAAAGUUGUGAUGAAAAUUAAUCCUGGUAUAUCUCCUUUGGUCAGUAAUCCCACGGGACAGUUUGUGGUCAAAGACUUGGUAAAUUUCAAGGACUAUGCACCUGUGGCAAUGCUUCAGUCAACCAGAACAUUCAUUCAUAAUCAUCAGUCAAGUAAAGAGUUAACAAAGGAUGCAAUGAUAGCAUUUCCCAAUGACCGAGCUGCAAGUAUCAGGUCUGGAGACCAUGAUGAACAGUUCAGGACAAUUUUCACAAAGAUUCCAAGAUAUAACUAUGUGGAUCCUGAUUUUGCAUAUACCAAAUUUGAAAAUAUGAAAAAGAGAUCACAUCAAAACUACUAUGCAAAGUAUAUUAAAUAUUUAAGAAGUGAGCGCCUGCGGAAAAAAGUGGAGAGAGAAUGCAUGUAUUUAUAUAAUGAUACAGACAUAGGCUUACAGCCAGCAUCAGGUCUAAAGUCACCCGUACUCUCAGAAGCAGAAACAGAAGAGGAGCUAUCUUCAACAGAGUGUCCAGUUAAAGCUAACCAAUUGCUAAGUACCAAGAAUAUAGCACCCAGGGAGGAAGAGUCCAUGAAAAGAAAGGUUCUCAAAGGACUUAAAUCAGACCCAUUGACACCACAAGAAAGACAUGAUUGCAGCCUAAUUUUGACACCAAAGCAAAUUCAUCAAGUAAUUGUUGGGCCCUCUGUCCUUGACUUUGGUGAUAUUUGUGUGAACUCUACAAAUGCUCAUCCACUUCAUAUUAUUAAUAUGCUAUGUACACAUAUUUUGAUUCAGUUAGAUAUUAAUUUGGAAGAACUUCAGAAGACCAACCAAUUUUCAUAUGUGAUUCCACCCACAUCCAGUACUUACAUUUCAGUGGUAUUUGAAUCUCCCACCAUUGGAAAAUUUUGGAAGUCUUUUACCUUUACAGUGAACAACAUACCCAGUGGACACAUUCUAGUGAUGGCUGUUGUCCUGCCGGUAAAACUUGAGCUAUCUUCUAAUGAGCUAGUAUUGAGACCACAGGGUUUCUUGAUGAAAACAUGUUUUUGGGGGACAAUAAGGUUGUAUAAUCGUCAGAAUUACUCUGCCAAAUUUGGAUGGCAACCAGUAAACACAGGAAGAGGGAUGGCAUUUUCCAUUCGUCCAGCUAAAGGCACUGUUGAACCAUAUGCCUCACUGGAAUGUGAAGUAACAUGGCAGCCAAGUUUCAGUUCUCCAGAAAGGGGAGAAUUUAUUCUUCAUGUUGAUGAAGGAAAUACAUUGACACUAAAAUGUGUUGCACAUAUUGGACAUACCAUGGUCACAUGUUUGGAGCCAAGGAUACUCUUCAGUGAUAGCCCUCAAGGUUUAACAACUUGGAGGAAAGCCAUUCUUCGCAACGUAGGACAAAACCAUGCUUAUUUCAAGGUUUGUGACGAGAGUCUUUUGCCUGCCAUUAAUAUUGUUCCAUCACAAGGAAUAAUUCCAAUUGGCGAGAUAACUGUUCUGAAUAUCUCUUGUACACCAACUGCAGCAGAAAAAUUUGAAACAAGAGCAAAGGUUGUUAUUCGUCGUGCAAAUGUCAUAGACCUUAGAAUUGGUGGAUCCGUUGAGAUUGCUGAUGUUGAAAUCAAUCCAAAUGUUUUUAAUUUCAGUGGUACCUAUAUAGGUUCUACUCAGAUUAUUCCAUUUGUAGUAAAAAACAAAGGUAUAACACGUGCCAGAGUGGAGUUUAAUCUAGAAAACUUUCCAGAUUUUUCAGUGGAUCUUAAAGACAAAUCAGGGAGAUUCACAGACCCUGCUGUUCCUUACAUAUAUUCUUUGGAGUUAGAAGAAAAUACAUCUCUGGAAUGUGGUGUAUCAUUUUCUCCCAAAGAAGUGGUAACCUAUGACUUUAUCAUUGAAGUUCAAAUUAAUUCCUUCAAGGCUUCAGAACUCUAUGCUGAAUAUUUGUCAGGUUCUUCUUCGUUUCCUAAGACAACACCACUUAUCCAACCCUGUUAUGUUCAAGCUACUGCAUUGCAAGCACCAGUGAGAUUGUCCAGUACUGAAUUUGUGCUUGAAAUCCCUUUACAUGAGAUGAAUUCUAAAGGCAAGGUCACCAAAACUCAGGAUCUUGUCUUGCAUAAUAUUUCAAAACAUGACGUGCAGUGGACUUUGGAUCUUAGUAAUACUGGAAAACUUUUCAAACAUGGCACAUUCAAGUUUAGUGUACUGACUGGGAUUCUGCAACCAUGUGAAGAGUACAAUGUUUCCAUAAGUUUCUGUCCAAAUAAGCCUAGAAAAUACACAGUUGGUAUUCCUAUACUUUUAAAUGAUAAUCCAGUGUGCUAUCGAAUGUUAUAUCUGACUGGAGAGGUAAAAUCACCCAAGUUAUUGUUUGACCCUCCAUUUAUAUUUUUCACUCCUGCUCCUUUGGAUGUAACAACCUCAAUUGAUAUCAACAUUUUACCCCAAAACUAUUUCAGAAGCUCAACUCUAAACUUCCAGAUUCCCACAGCAAGGCUUCUUGAUGGUGAUGAGAUUCACCCUCUUUCUGUGAAGUUUCCAAAAGGCAGAGUCAUCACAGGCUCUAAAACUGGAAUUAAUUAUGAGCUCACCUGCCACGUCAGUUUCAAAUCAUCUAAACCUGUGUCAUUUUUCACCAAUCUUCUUUUCCAUGAUGAUAGAGAUAAUUGGUUUUCACUUCCAGUUACUGCAACAGCAGAAAACUGCAUUCUUACUAUAUAUCCAUAUAUAGCAAUUCAUCUGGAUAAGCAAAAAGUUAUUUUAAAGAAUGAUACAGACAGAAGUCCUGUGAAGACUAGAGACAAUGUUUUACUUCCCCCCAGGGAUGCUGGAUUACUCUCUCCUGCUUCAGUGAGAAAGGCAUCCACCACUACUAAAUUUAAUGAUGCUGAACUUGCAAGAGGAAACUUAUUUGUUGGAAUGGAAAUAAUAGAUGAAAAUUUGAACUCAGAUGAAAGUAAAACGUCAAAGAAAGAUGAUCAAUCUACGGAAAACAAAGAGAAUAAUGAACCAUUCUUUUCUCCUGAAAAUGGAACAAAGGCAUAUAAUUUCUUUCAGAAGGUUGUAAAUGCAGUUCAGACCUGGUUCAGUCUCUUCGGAUGGUCUGAAGGACCCCAUACCCUUUCUAUUCCAGAAACUGUAAGGUGACAGGAUGUAUAUAAAAUACAAUUCUUCUCAUCAACCUCAUCACCCAAAAAAUUUUACAGACAGAAUGACUGUUACAAAUUCAAUAAGAAAAUUUAUGAUGUGCUGCUCCACUUGAGUGGAAAACUGCCACCUGGAUUUAAUUCAAGUCAGGCUUUACCUGUGGAUAACACUGAAAGGGUGAUUCAACUUCAUUUGCAACACUCCUCACUUUUGGACUUUCUCAAUACUCAAGGAGGAUGUAUUUCUCAUGUGCUGCCAGAAUUUCUUCUUGAACCUGAAGACUAUAAGAAGUGGAUUGAAAUUACGUCUUCCACUAAAACCACGCCUGUGAGUUCCUGUACACCUAAAGAAAAGUGUUCUGUUGUUAUAGAGAUGACUAAGUUUGAAGCCUUCAGUAAAAGGGCAUGGACAGAUGUAUUCCUUCAGAUAUACAAGGUUUUGGUUCUAUCCCGGAUUGUACCACAUUGCAGAAAGAAUAUGCCCCACAUACAUGUGCAAAAUACACCAAAAGUCAAUCCUCGUUUUGUAUCCAGCAACAUGUAUUCUAAAUCUGAAAGGAUUCUGCUUAGUUGGAUGAACACAAAUUAUGAGAAUACUAGACAUAUUAUAUGGGAAAACUGUCAAAAAGGUGCUAUUCCCUCUGAGAGAUGGAUAGUAAAUUUUGACAAAGACCUAUUAGAUGGCCUUGUUUUUGCAACACAGUUGGGAGCUUAUUGCCCGUUUUUGAUAGAGUCUUAUUUUGUAAAUAUGUACACACAACCAAAAAGUCCUGAACAGUAUCUGCACAAUUCCCUGAUUAUUGUAAAUAGUCUUCGUGAAAUUGGCUUCAACAUGGGCAUACAGGCUACUGAUAUCUGUGAUGCAAAUCCAAUCUUGAUGCUUAUGCUGUGUGUCUACAUGUAUGAAAGGCUCCCUACAUACCUCCCCAAGAAGGUGGUGCCCUUUCAUUGUACUCUACAUGACACCGUGCUGAGACAGAUUCUACUGAAAAAUUCAAGCUUGAAAAACUUAGUGUACAAUGCUACAAUUGUUGGAAGAGAUGCCGCUGACUUCUCCCUUUCCCAAACAGGGAGUGUUGUGACAAUUUCUCCAAAAAACCAAAUUAGUAUCACUGUGAAAUUCACCAAUCGUUUCCUCCAUUCUUCUGAAGCUUCACUGCUAUUAAUUUCAAAACCUAAGAAUGCAAUAGGAGGAACUACCAUGACUUUUGCUCUUAAAGGUGAAGUCCUCAACUUUAAAGCCAUUGAAACUAUAAAAUGCAAAAGCCCCUGUUAUCAAUGGGAGGAAUUCACUGUGAAUGUGAAUAACCCCUUCCAUACUGCUGGGGAUUUCAGUGUCAUUUUGGUGGAAUCCUCAACAUUUGUCUCUUUACCAUCACAAUUAACUGGAUCUGGACAAUACAGAGAAGAUGGUGCUGAUGGGAUUAGCAGUGGAUGUGAUACUGCUCAAGGCUCCCCAAAUGCCUUAAAAACCUCCAUUAAGUCCAAUUUCCUCAAAGAGUUCUUCUGCUCUGCAUGUACUGUUCACCUGGGAGUGGAAGGAAGUUCAAGCCUAAAGCUCUACUUUCUUCCUUUUAACAUGCACAUGCGCUACUGUGUCAUCAUCCUGAGCAACAAAAAGAUUGGAGAAUUUGUAUACGUUGUGGAAGGAAAAGGUCUGAUCCCCUUGCCAUCCAGUUUCCUUCCAAUGAAUUCUUCAACUCCAAUUGAAUACAGCACUACUCCAGAAGGAGUGUUGAAUAAGGAAGAUCCAGUUUUGUAUUUGACAUGUAAACACCAUCAAAUCCUGGAUGUGGACCUUAAAUUGCCAGUAACUAAUGAAGCCAAAGAAAAAGCUUUGGUUUUUGCAGCGCAGCAACAGAUGUCAAAUACUGAGUAUAAACGAAGGUUGAUCACAGGCACUCUGGAGAGCAGUAGUAUCCGUGUGGCCAUCGCCCUCCUGGAACUGACCGAAAUCGAGUCUCUUAUGCUCUUUGAUACCUCAAAGUCGAAGAAGCCUAAGUCCAUUUUAUAUACAACGGAAGUGAGCCUUCCAGAUCACUUCAGUAUCCCCAAGAUAAUCUAUAUUCCUCAGAUUCCAGAAACUGAAGCAGAAUUGACUCCCUAUCAAGGAAUUAAACCUGCAGACAACACAGCUGCAGAUGGAUCUGUUCUAGUUCCUUUGCAAUUUUUUCCUCUCAGUCCUGGACACUACCCUUGUAAAAUAUUUUUGACAUCAAAGUAUGAUGUGCGUGUCUAUUACAUUGAAGGCGUGGUGAAUGAAGAACAACCAGAGGCCAGAUUUGAGUUUGAAACACCAGCAUUUGAAGCCCUUACCCAGGAUAUUCCAAUAAAUAAUAAAACAAAGAACGAAUGGAAAUGUCAAGUUACUAUAGAAGGAAAAUGGUUUUAUGGACCUUCUAUUUUACAUGUUGGAGCAGGCGAAACUGUGCAGUAUCCUCUCACGUUCCAACCAAUUUUGGAAUGUGAGAUAAUGGGUAAACUUAUUCUACGAAAUGAAGUAGAUGGUAUGAAGCACAUCUUUGACAUAAAAGGGGUUGGAAGAAAACCCAUAGCCUUGGAAAACAUCACUGUGGAAUGUCGAGUGGGGAAGAUAACAAAUAAACCCAUAAUGGUGCCUAAUUAUACAAAGACUUCUCAAACAUAUAAGGUAUCUUCAGAUCUUCCAAUAGUGUGGGGAAUUCCACAAGUCACUAUAGAUGCUCAUAAUGAAAUUCCAUACAUUCUGCAUGUGUCACCUUGGAAACGUGGUGUGUUCAAAGGUGUAAUUUCAUUUUCUGUUAUAAGCAGACAAGAUGAUGAUUCUGAAGAAGACACAGAUCAAGAUAGAAAAUCCUCCCUUCAGGAAUCAAUAACAGAAAUAGCCCACUCUCUUGAUGAGGGAGUCUCAGAUGAUGAUGUUAGCAAUUUAAGAGUCUGGUAUGAUCUUGAGAUCCAUAGCUCUCCUGGACCACCCUUAGAUGUUAUUGAGACGAAGUGUACCGCUCUGGACACCAUCUGCAUUGAAAUACCUCUCUUUAACCCAAAAGACAGAAUUAUUUGCUUAGAUGUGAAAUUCACAAAUGCUGCCCUUAGUGGAUUAAAGGAAAUUAUACUGAGACCUCUAGAAUGUUUCAACUAUGUUGUCCAGUAUUCUCCAGCAGCUACGGGCUGUAUAGAUGAAAGCCUUAUUUUUCAGCCUGAAAUGGCUCAAGAGUUCUGGUAUUUACUGAAAUUAACUACUGAAUUACCAAAACCAACUGUAAUGCCAGAAAUGAAAUGUGACCUUGGAAAAUAUGACACUCAGAUCAUUUCCUUAGUUAAUCCUACACAUGAAACUUUAGAAUUGCAAGCAACAAACAGUAAUUCUGAAAAUUUUGUCCUGGAUGUUAACAGAGGGUCAUCACUGAUCAUACCGCCUCACACCACCAAAGAGAUAUCUGUUCACUUUUAUCCUUCUGCACUUGGAAGAGCUGGUCAUAAAGCUUCUAUCAACUUCCACUGUACUCAGUUUAAAGAAUGGAAAUUCUACCUCUCUGGAGCAGGACUGUUUCCCCAGCCUAUGGACACAGAAAAAGUAACCACAUACCUUGGUCUUCAAUCAUGUAUCAUGAUACCUUUCAAAAAUCCCACCAAGGAAGACAUUUUUAUCAAUGUCAUACUAACAAAUCAGGAAGAGCCCAGGGAUCUUGUCAUUGAUCACUCCUGGAAUAGCUUCAUCAAUGAGAAUUCUGCCUUUGGGUUUAGUCCUCUGAGUCACAUGCAAGGAAUUUUACUGCCUCCUAAAGGAAUUAUAGAUAUCCCAGUAUUAUUUUUGCCCAAAAUUAUGAAAUUACACAAAACAAUGGUCAUUGUUCAGAUGAUGAAAGUAAAUAGAGAAAAUUGGCCUAUUGACAAUUUUGAUGAAUUGUAUACAAAGACUAAAAGAACUAUGGGAGUAGACAGAGGAGAAAUUCAAAAAAUACACUGGAUAUACCCUAUUGUUGGGCUCCCACAGGCGCCACAUCCUAAAUCUCCUGAAGUUGUCAUUACAUGUCAGCCCAGGAAGCGAGUAGAAGAGAAGGUGGAAGUCAUGCUGACUGGUGAUUUUUUUGGAGAAAAUCCAACCCCAGAACAGACAGAUUUUUUAGUGAUUCCAAAAAGAAGUUCAGAUAUUUCUUAUGAAGAUUUACAUGAUAAACCUAAAAAUUGUGAAUUUGAAUAUGAAAUUCAAUUUGAAUCUGAAGUUAUGAAGUCUAACUUGGAAUCCUGUGUGGCUUUAUAUUUGAUCAAAAAAAGUUAUAAUGUCCAUGCUGAAAUAAUAUCGUUGGUCUUCAAUCUGGUAUUUACACCAAAGAAACCAUUGUGGUCUCAUGUUACACUGAAAAUAGACUGUAUAACAUAUGGGAUCUGGAAGUUUCCCAUAACGUUGGUUGCUACUGAGCCUGAUGUAGAUGAUGUCAUUGACAUUGAAGGAGUUGGUUUAUUUAAGGAAUCCGUUAUUGACUUUAGGCUGACAAGUCAGACAAGAGAUUCUGAGCCAUUCACCGCAUACUUCCUACCUGGCAGUGAUCCAGAGUUUUUUGUAAAACCUCAGGUUGGAGAACUUCUUCCUUUUGACACUGAAGGAACUCUCAUCAUUGUAGGAUUCAAACCCCAAAUGUACAGUAGAAAAUACAAAGGAACAUUAGUAAUAGAGACGGAGCAUAUGUACUGGUCGUAUGAUGUCAAUGGAUUACCUCUAGCAACCAUGCCAUUGAAGGCUGUAAAAGCAAAAAUUGAUGCUAGUAACAAGAAAUAUGACCGCAUGCCAAUUCGUCGGCGCAAUUUUAUGUGUGAAAAUGCAAAACUCUUAAGAACAGGGGUGUCUUCUACAAUUAAGGGUGCUCCUUUGAUGAUAAAGAAAAAAUAA